AUAUAAAUAUCUCUGCCAUUUAAAUCUCCAGAGAAUGAAUGGUUGAAAAUCCAAAUGCCAAGUCCUAGGAGCACACUACUACACUUGCUCGAGGAGUUCAAGAACAUUAGAGAGCUUAAGAAAAUUCAUACCCAAAUCAUAAAGUCUCCAUUUUUAUCCACAGAUGACCAAGCUUUCCUCAUUACCCGUCUCCUAUUCUUCUCCGCCAUUUCUGAUUCUGAUUCGGGUUCUCACAGAUACGCUGCUCAUGUCUUUCGGGCCAUAAAGGAUCCGAAUCUCUACGUCUAUAACGUCAUGAUCAGAUCAUAUGCGUGUACAAAAAUCAGUAGUGAGGAUGAAACUCUUUCUUCGUUUGGGUCCUUAUUGCUGUAUAAGCAAAUGCUCUGCGAUGGCAUUUCCCCUAAUUGUCUCACUUUUCCGUUCCUUGUAAAAGAAUGCACGAGUAGGCUUGAUGGCGGCACAGGCCGGAGUUUCCAUGCACAAGUCGUUAAGUAUGGGCUCGACAAUGAUGUUUUUAUUCAAAAUUCGUUGAUUGGUAUGUACUCUGCAUGUGGGUUUCUGAAUAGUGCACGUACAUUGUUUGAUGAAAUGUUGGAAAGGGAUGUUGUUUCUUGGAACUCGAUGAUAAAGGGGUAUUUGAGAAGUGGGAAUCUUGAUGAGGCAUUGAAUCUGUUUGGGAAGAUGAACAAGAGAAACAUUAUUACUUGGAAUUCCAUGAUUACUGGGUUUGUUCAAGGUGGUCAGCCAAAGGAGGCCUUGGAACUUUUCCAUGAAAUGCAGAUCACUAGUGAUGAUAUGGUUAAACCGGAUAAGAUCACAAUUGCCAGUGUCCUUGCAGCUUGUGCUCAUCUUGGUGCAGUUGAUCAUGGGAUAUGGGUGCAUGCGUACCUGAGGAGAAGUGGCCUGGAGAGUGAUGUGGUUAUUGGGACAGCUCUGGUUGACAUGUACGGUAAGUGUGGAUGUGUGGACAAAGCGUAUGAGGUCUUUCGGGAAAUGCCCAACAAGGAUACUUUGGCAUGGACAGCUAUGAUUUCAGUGUUGGCUCUCCAUGGGUUUGGAAAUGAGGCUUUUGAUAUUUUUAAACAGAUGGAAACAACUGGGGUGAAGCCAAACCAUGUGACAUUUGUCGGGCUAUUGUCAGCUUGUGCUCAUUCUGGUUUACUAGAGACAGGUCGGUGGUGUUUUGAUGCGAUGAAGUGUGUUUACUUAAUUGAACCGCAGCUCUAUCACUAUGCAUGCAUGGUUGAUAUUCUUAGUCGUGCCGGGCUGAUUGAAGAGGCAGAACGGUUUAUAAGAAGCAUGCCAAUGAAGCCAGAUGCAUUUGUUUGGUGUGCAUUACUCGGAGGCUGUCAAAUACAUGGAAAGGUCGAGUUAGGAGAAAGGCUGGCGCAAUAUUUAAUUGGUUUGGAACCUCUGAACCAUGUUUUUUAUGUUAACUUGUGUGAUAUAUAUGCCAAAGCUAAUAGAUUUGAUGACGUAAAGAGAAUCAAAUCCUUAAUGAAAGAAAGAGGGAUAAAAAAGGAAGUCCCAGGCUCUAGCAUGAUUGAAAUUGAUGGGGUUGUUCUUGAAUUCUCUGUGAGAGGAUCACCAGAUGUUGCAAUGGAGGAAGUAUUGUUGGUCUUGUAUCAGUUGAAGAACGAUAUCUGAUAGAAAGGCAUGCGCUUUACAGAAUCACUCUAAUGAGAAUCAUGAAAAGUCAGUUGGGGUGCAGUUUUCAUGAGGAAAUGCAGGUGUCUAUUUGUUUUCAAUGAAAUGUUUCAUAUGUAAGGGAUGAGAACUAUAAUUUUGCGAUCCGAGAAGUUAACAAUCAUCAAGCACCCUUAUGGAAUGAACUCACUUGCUGGAAGAAAUUCCUCGAGGUACGCUCUAAUAUUCAGUCUCUGCUCGACAUUUGUCUUCAGUUUUAUCGUGAAAUUAUCUGAUUAACCCCUUCAGACACUCUUCCUCCUCUGUAUAUGAUAAAUCCAUUGGCCAUAUAUGUUCUUCAUCCUCAUGAGUGUCAUUGGGAAGAGAAGCAGGAAAAAAAUUAUAUCUUGGGAAUUCCAUUAUAACAGGGUUUGUUCAAGGUGGUGAGCCAAAGGAGGCCGGACUGUAAGUUUAUGAUUGAAUAGCGGUUACUGGUAGCUUUCAAAAUCUAUCUAAAUAUUGUCUAGAGAUCCGCACAUAUGAAAGAAUAAAUCAAAGAAGUGGGGUGCAACUAGAGGACUUCCGAGAAGGUCACCCUUCCUAGUAGGCUAGUACACUCUCGCCUAAAGGAAUAGUUCCCUCUUGAAAUUCUGAUUAUCAAAUUGCUGUGCAAAUGCUAAUUUCAGAACUAGAGGAGGAGCACCCCUAUUAUAGUUUGGUGUCUAGCUGUCAGAAAUGGCUACUAUAUAAAGAUUUUAGUAUUACUGAUGGAUUGGCAGAGAAGGAAAUUGCCUUGCUGAUAGAUUGGCAGCUCUAGGCUUGCAACUGGAGAUGGUAUGCAGAAUUUGGGAUAGUAUGCCAGAAGGGCUUGGGCUUUUUCUCUUGGAGGAUUUGAGCGGGGUUUCAAGCCUCACAAGGUUGCGGUUGUAGUUUGUUUUUUUCCG